AUGUUUACUGGUCAUAAGAACAGUUUUGCACAUUUUCUCACCGCUCUUACACUUCCACUUAUACAGUUGACAAAAACUGUAAGAAACAGCAACAAAAGUCUGUUUGACGACGACAAUGACGACGAUAACUAUGAUGAUGAUGAUGACGAUGAUGAUGAUGAUGAUGAUGUUGAUGAUGAAGAUGAUGAUGAUGGUGAUGUUGUUGUCGUUAUGUUGACGACGAUAUCGGCGACAACGACGACAGUGAUUGCCGCAGAUCAGAUGUAUCUACGGGACUACAGACCUCAAUAUUCUAUAAAAAUACGAAAAUAA